UUUCUUCAGUCAUUGUAGACGCACUCGCUCCCAAGCUAGAGCAACCAUCGAAGAUGUUCUCGCAGCGUCAUCUGCACUUCCUCUUUCAGCUCCUUUUAGUGCACCCACUGUUGUCACCCAGCGCGGCGGCCGCCGCCGGUAAGGUCUCGGCGAUCAUCGUAUUCGGGGACUCGACGGUCGACUCCGGCAACAACGACUACAUCCUGACCAUAGCCAAGGGCGAUUUCCCGCCGUACGGGCGCGACUUCGACGGCGGCAUCGCCACAGGCCGCUUCUCCAACGGCCGCCUCGUCACUGACUUCAUCUCGGAGGCGUUCGGGUUGCCGUCGUCUGUGCCAGCCUACCUUGACCCCAGCUGCACCAUCGACCAGCUCGCCAUGGGUGUAAGCUUUGCUUCCGGAGGCACUGGACUCGACGACUUGACCGCAGAUAUAUCCAACGUAAUACACGUGAGGCAGCAGCUGGAGUACUUCAAGGAGUACAAGGAGAGGCUGACGGUCUCCAAGGGCGAGUCCAAUGCCAACAAGAUCAUCGCCGACGCGCUCUACUACUUCAGCAUCGGCAACAACGACAUCGGCGUGAACUACUUCCUCCUCCCCCAGCGGCGUUCCCAGUUCAGCCCGCCGGAGUACGUCGCCUUGCUCACCGACAUCGCCGGCGCGGCCGUCCGCGAGGUGUACCAGCUCGGCGGGCGCAGGAUCCAGCUGACCGGCAUCCUGCCGGUGGGGUGCGUGCCUGCCAUGAGGACGGUGAACCUUCACCAGCCGGGCCAGUGCAUGGAGGAGUUCAACCAGUUCGCGUUGCUGUUUAACGCCGAGCUGCAGAAGACGGCGAGUAAGCUCAACAGUGAGCUCACUGGAGCGACGGUGGUGUAUUCGGACAUGUACAGCUUGGUGUCCUCAAUUAUUGCCAACCCGCUGAAAUAUGGAUUUGAGAAUGUAGCACAAGGUUGCUGUGGCACCGGAAUUAUCGAGGCGUUGUUCCUUUGCGGCUUGGAGGAACCAUUGACGUGCGAAGACACUGAUAAGUAUGUGUUCUUCGAUUCGGUUCAUCCAACAGAGAGGAUAUACAAGAUGGAAGCUAGUGAAAUGCUGAAUACUUCGCUAGCAGUGUUCCUGUGACGUGUUUUAUUAUGCUCUGCAACAAAACAUGAGAAGAUGGCAUUUCUAUAAGAAAUAAAAGACCAUUUGGGUGUGAUGAGUGGUUGGAGAGUCUUUUCUCUUCUGAUAUUUGGUUUGAGAGUUUGAGGAUGUGCUAUAUAGUUUCAUUGUACUGGAGUUUACAGUGAAAUCCAGAAGUACAAUAACAUUAUUCAAAUAUAUGCCUAGUGAGUCAUUGUGAUUAUCUGGUAAUUUAUCAUGAUAUUUCUGAGUUCAAGAUAA